AUGAUCUGUACUGACGAGAAUCCACAAUCUGCAACCUAUGCGACCUCUAUGUUUACAUCGGGUCAGUCUUUGCCUGAAGCAACUUUCCAAGAAGAUCUUAUAGACGAAGAAUUCAAACGUCAACUCUAUGACAUCUUCGUACAUCAUUUGUCAACUUCAACGAAUCCCCAAGAUCAUGUUAUUUCAAAUCCUUUAGCGAAAAUUCCGAGUUCGUUCGAUAAUCUCCCAUUUGAAAGUAUAAUUGAGAUCACAGGAUGGUUCGCAUUUUUCCUGGUGUACGUUCCACGAGCCCUGAAAGAGGGUGGCCUUACUUAUCUUCAAAGAACUAAGAUUAAUGUUGAAGAUAAGAGCUUAGAUGAAUUCACGGCCUCUUUGAAUAACCGAUACUCAAACUCACUGGCAAAUGACCCUUUUUUUCAACCCUUUUACAAGGAAUGGGAGACUUAUUUUCAUUCGCUUUAA